UAACAACCCCAACAACAAGAGGCCACUACAGCUCAACCCUCGCUUAUAUUAUUCACUAAAACUCCGCUUAUUAGCAAACAUUUAUAUGGUAGUGAUAUCCAGAGAUACUGAGGAGUGAAGUGGACUGAAACAGGAAGGAUGCCCUCCUCGCAGGUCUUUGCUGCCAAUAACUGCGGCAGAGUAUUUAGCUUGUCGACUGAUCAGUCAUGCUGGCGGGAACUGCCCUAUCUUGGUGUUGAGUUUAAGAGAGUGUCUGCACAUGAAACAGUGUUGUGGGCCCUUGGGGGGGAUCAUCAGGUAUACGUUUUUGUAUAUGGAUCAUCAGUGCCCAUACGAGUGUGUGAGGAAUCCUAUGAGAAUCAGCGAUGGAACCCAAUGGAAGGCUUCACCAGUGUGCUGCUACCAUCAGACCGAGCAAAUUUUUCCAGUGCUGAUGGCCUCGCACCACGACCCUUAAGCAGUGUCACUCUCCCAACUCUGGCAUGGUCAUGGGAGUCUGCAUGGCACCUUCACUACACUCACAAUGGGCAGGCUUUGGAUAAGGAGGGAUGGACAUAUGCAAUAGAUUUCCCAAGAACGUACACAGCAGAGAAGAGAUGGAAUUCGUAUGUUCGACGGCGCAAAUGGAUUCGUUACAGAUGCUACGUGGCACUCGACACUUGGUCUGCAGUGCCGCCCAUCCACCAUGAUCCUGCUCAAGAGCCAUUUAUUGACAUCAGUGUGGGUGGUGGGGAGGUUCCUGGAGAAGACCCAGAUAAGCUGAUGGUCUGGUGUGUGACAGCUCUUGGGAGGAUUAUGGUUCGUGAGGGUGUAGACGGCACAUGCCCUGAAGGGUGUGGCUGGGCACACGUUCCUACGCCGCCAGACCAGGAUGUAACAUCUGUGUGGGUUGGGCGCUCAGGACGAGUGUGGGCUGUCACUUGGGAUGGUACGGCCAUUGUCAGAACUGGAGUUAGCAGAGACUGUCCUACAGGAGUUGAAUGGGUGGUGGUUGAUCCUCCAGAGGGCAGCCGUCUGCAGCAAGUUGCAGUUGGUGUUAACUCGGUGUGGGGAAUAACAAGAGAUCACCGUGUGUGGUAUAGAAGAGGCUUGCAGGCUUCUCAGGACACAGGAAGUGAUAGUGGAAAGCAUGAUAAUGAGACUGGGCAUAAGAAUCUGGAUACUGGCACUACCUGGCUUUUAAUGGUUGGCCUAUUAAAUAUGAUUGCUGUUGGUCCUAAUGAUCAGGUGUGGGGUAUAAGCAUUGAGGAUCACACAAUUCUGGUGCGGACAGGUGUGACUGAAACUGAGCUCACUGGACGCACAUGGCGACCCAUCUGUCUCCCAGCAGGCACGUUUGAGACCCCACCUCCCAGUAUGAACUCCAGCCCCAGCUCGAGUCCAUGUUUGCUGCCUUUCCCAACUUCAAAAAUCUCUAGUAGCAUAGAUAGCAAACAACCUACAGACACUUUUACCAAAGACGAGCAAAGUAGUCCCAGCUCGAGCACAGGCGUUAGUUUAAAGGCAUUGGAAGACAAUGAUCUUGUUAUUGCAGAGAAGGUAUUUGAUAAACUACAGUUAUUACAAGUCCAAGAUGCAGAAACAGAGCAAGAAAACGAUGUGAAAUUGUCUCGAAAAGAAAAUGAUGAAAGUCCUGGUAAAGAAAGUGUGAAAAAUCAUGAUACGACCACACAGAAUGAAGGUAACGACUCUGCGGCUCCAGAUGACAGUCGGGAGUCUAGCAUCAGAAUCCGGUACCCAGAGGAUUAUCCCAGUUCACUUAGCUCAUCGGUAAUCUCUGAACAUGGCGGAGACUUCAUCAGCAGUCUCCAAGCCUCUGAUGAUUGCAUUUUACCCAGUGAUGCUUUGGUAGCAAGUCAAAAUAGUUCUGAAGUAAAGACAUCUCAUGAAAAGGUUAGUGAAGAUGCUGAUAGUACAGACAUACAGAGUCGAGAAAACAGUACUGCUGCAAGUAACAAUCAGGUGAAACCCGAGAAACAGGAACAUCUGUUAAUCCAUGCUGAACAGCAGAGUACAAGCUCCAGCAUGGAGUGGAGCGAGUCUCGUCUGCGGCACACUAGCAGCAGCAGCAGUGCCGGCAGUGAAGCAGGCUUGAGUCGUGGAUCACUUGUGGUCCCACGAGAGGAAGGUGCAAACUACAAACUACUUGCACUUGAAGCAGAGCACCUGUGGUUGUGGGUGACUGGUGGAGGAUGCUGGAUACGAGCUAAUAAUAUGCCCAAGUGGUUUGUGAGUGAAUGUUGCCCAGCACUUUCUACAGAACCUUGGAGAGUUGGUGUGCUACAAAAGCUACGUGAUCGACAUGGGAAAGAAAUGAAACCAUUUACAGGGUACGAGGAAGCAGUUGAAGGUUCGUCCUGGGUAAUAUCUGGACAGUGUCGCUGGUGGGUGAAGGGACAGUGGGUACCAGCAUCACUAGAGCUCAUCAUGAUUGGCUCACGAAGGUCACAGGUGCAGGAUGCAACGUUGAUCGUGAGAUACACUCUGGGAUCAAAGCGAGUGGAGGAAAUUUCCUGCAGCACAAUCCUUAUGAGUGUCAUGUGUGUGGAACCCACUGCUAGUCGAUCUUUUGUUGCUAUUUACCAUCCCGACCAUCCCCUCUGGCCCAAGACCCUCUCCUUCUCUGCCGAGACUGAUGCCGAGGACUGGCUUAAUCAUUUAUCAACUGCUUGUAAUCAGUUUCGUGGUUUGACUGACCAGCCAUCAUUCUACACAGUGUGGGGUGUGACCUCACAGGGAGAUAUAUUUCUUCAUGAUUGUUCCACAACUGAAAAAGAACUGCGUGCUGAGUCUGUGGCUGCGCAUCAACGGUUGCCAGUGGGGACAGGAGCUACACCAAUUACUCUACUCUUGAACCGAGGAUUCCGACCUGGCUGUUUUGUCUCAAUUUCAGGCAAAAUUCACUGCAAUGCUGAUCAAUUCCACAUUAACCUGCAGACAUCAAGAGGAACUGAUACAGACAUUGCUCUUCACAUCAAUCCAAGGUUUUGUGAGAAGACUGCUGUCAUUAACAGUAAGAAGAAAGGUAUCUGGGGUGCAGAAGAGUUUGGACAGCUGGAGGUGUUGUCUCCUGGUGACCACUGUGAAGUGUCAGUUGUCUGUGAUGAUAAGGAUUUUAAGAUCUCCAUAAACGACAAAUUCUGGUAUAGCUUCAAGCAUCGUCUUGUUGUUACAAAGAUAACACAUGUAGUAGUGAGAGGGAGCAUCACUGUUGAUGAAGUAACCUACAACCAUGGAGCUGGAGAACGUCAGUUGACUGAGUGGUACUGGCGAGGUUUAGGUGGACACCUGCAGCGUGUCCAGGGUGGAGCUGGUGGAGUCACCUGGGGGAUAUCUCAUGACUUCCAUGUGUAUACCUACACAGGUGCUACAGGAGGAGGACUCUAUAAGGCCAGUAGUAAUGAUGCUGGAGUACAGAUCAUGAGUGAUGUGCGCCACAUGUAUGUGUGGGAGAAUCAGCGCUGGAACCCUGUGACUGGCUUCACAUACCGAGGACUUCCCACUGACCGCCACACCUGGAGUGAUCAAACUGGACGUCAUCAGCGUGCAAAGGAGAGCGUCAAACUGCAAUCCCGUCACUGGUCAUGGACGAGUGAAUGGUGUGUAGACUAUCACACUCCUGGAGGUGUAGACCGUGAAGGAUGGCAGUACGCCACAGAUUUUCCCCUAAGUUACCAUGCUCACCGUUAUGCAACAGAUUUGGUUCGCCGUCGCCGCUGGGUGAGAAAGUGCAGAGUUUCAACAUCAGGUCCCUGGCAACAGAUGGAGAAGGUGGCACUUGUUCAUGUCUCAGUGUCUCCAGAAUGUGCUGAGGAUGGCACAAUACCCGUGUGGGGCGUGAGUGUCACAGGGGAGGUUGUAGUCCGCCUUGGUGUUACACACAAUAAAUACCAGGGAGAAAAAUGGAAACUCGUGCCAGCGGAGUGUCCCAUGUGCAGUGUAUGCGCCGGUGUGGAUGGCUGUGGGGUGUGGGCAGUUAGUAAAGAUGGCCAGGCACAUCUGAGGCUUGGUGUCACAAAGAAAACUCCACAGGGUGUACAAUGGGUCAACGUUGAUUCCCCAGGUCAGCCACUUGUAGAAGUUAGUGCCGGUGCCUGGUCUGUGUGGGGGCUCGACCGAAGUGGUUCACUUUACCGUAGAACAAACGUGCUUCCCCUCUUCCCUGAAGGAACCGCUUGGGAGUGGGUAUGUGGAAGUGUUGCUAGUUUCAGCAUUGCUGCUGAUGGCUCUGUAUGGGCAGUGUUGGAUACCUAUGAUACUGAGAAAGGAACAGUACAAGGAGUGAUUGCACGCAGGGUUGGAGUAUCUCGGUCUUGUCCGUUGGGUACAGGCUGGGAACACACCAUCGGUACUGGAUGGAGCUCUGUGUGUGCACGUGUUCCCCUUCCUUUGUGACACACCAUAUAAGAUGAGAAAUUUGUUUUUUGUUUAUAUUUUAAGGAUGUAAGUUCUUUAAGGAGUUUUUUACUAAUAAAUGUUCAUGUGUUAAUAUAAAUGUUUAGAUAUUUAAUGUAAAUGUUAAGACAUUAUUUAAUAUAAAUGUUGAGAGACUAUUUAAAUGUUGAAAUAUGUAUAUGAAUAUGUUGAGUGUAGUAGAUUUUAUACAAAUAUUAAUUUGAAAUUAUUUAUACUGUGAUCUACUUUAUCAAGUCUGUUCGAGCUGUUUAUUGCUUCUACAAAACUCUCCUACAAACAUGAAGUGAAUCACAUUUUUAUGUAGGAAAUAUCUUUCAGCUUCAUAUGUUGUGUGUGGGCCCAUUAUUUCUUCAUUUUUAUGCACAAACAGUGCAUAAAUUUACUAAAGAUUACCUUCUCCAAAUAUGCCAAUUACACAGUUAUAAUAAUUUGGUUACAUCCAGCCCAGGUAAUUAUCAAAAUUACAAUGCCAAUAUGAUAACUCUUCACAAAUUACCUACAAUUUAGAGAGGAAACUGUGAUGGUUUCUCAUUUAUCAUUUGUGACUGAUCAUGGUUCAUGAUGGACCAAAACUUAACUGAAGUUUCCUAUGAUAACUGUGAAUUAAGUCAGUUAUUCCAGCCAUAUUAUUGUGACUGUUUCUUCAUAACUCAGAACUGAUGUUCUCUGAUCACACCAGGUUGAGGGUGACACCUCUCUGAUCACACCAGGUUGAGGGUGACACCUCUGAUCACACCAGGUUGAGGGUGACACCUCUCUGAUCAUACCAGGUUGAGGGUGACACCUCUCUGAUCACACCAGGUUGAGGGUGACACCUCUGAUCACACCAGGUUGAGGGUGACACCUCUCUGAUCACACCAGGUUGAGGGUGACACCUCUCUGAUCACACCAGGUUGAGGGUGACACCUCUCUGAUCAUACCAGGUUGAGGGUGACACCUCUCUGAUCUACCGGGUUUGAGGGUGACACCUCUCUGAUCAUACCAGGUUGAGGGUGACACCUCUCUGAUCAUACCAGGUUGAGGGUGACACCUCUCUGAUCAUACCAGGUUGAGGGUGACACCUCUCUGAUCAUACCAGGUUUGGGGGGUUGACACCUCUCUGAUCAUACCAGGUUGAGGGUGACACCUCUCUGAUCACACCAGGUUGAGGGUGACACCUCUCUGAUCACACCAGGUUGAGGGUGACACCUCUCUGAUCACACCAGGUUGAGGGUGACACCUCUCUGAUCACACCAGGUUGAGGGUGACACCUGUUCUCUUAUUAUAAAAAACACAAUAAUUCUCUCACCUAUAAUGAACUUUCUCAAGUGACCUGAUUCACUUAAGAAAGUUCACUACAUGUGACUGAAACAUUGUGUAUUUUUAAUAAAUGUUUUUCUGUUUUCUUGAUUCUUCUCAAUACUAUUUAAAGGGAAAUGGGCUAGAUUUCUAAACAGUCCUCCUUGGUGUUUAUACAUUCUGAAUCUUUUAAAAAAAAAAUGGAUAAGAAUUUACCAUGAGCGUAACUGCAAAAUAUUAUGUAGUAUUGCUUUAAUUACCUGUGUAUCAUUAGAGUACAGAUGUAUAUAUUUUUUCUUUUACCACAUCAGGUGUCUCCCACCAAGGCAGGGUGACACAAAAAUAGGGAAACACAUUUACAAUCACUUGUCUUGUCAGAAGUGUACAGACAUCACAACUCUGAUGACCCUCCAAACAGCAGCAUUCACCCCUCCUUCAGAGUGUAGGCACUAUGCUUCCCACCACCAGGACUGUAACAUCCCCACCCUGCCUUUUCUAAAUUCAUAAAUGCAACAAAGAGUUUCUUAUCUAAUUAUUGUUCACUUAUAUGCUUCAUUGUAAACACUUGGUCUACACAUCCCCUACCCUUCCUAAACUCUCCUUGUUCAUCUUCAAUCCUACAUUCUGUAUUAUCCUAUCUCUUUCAGUAAUAAUUCUACUGUCCACUUUACCUGGUAUAUUCACUAGGCUUACUGUCCAUAAUAUGUUCUUUUUUCUCAUAUACAAAGGAGCUGUACCUUCCCUUCUUUAAUGCAUAUAUUGAACAAAUACAUCAAUUAUUGUACAGAGCAAGUGGUAACCAUUGUAUUGUACUUAGCUUGUUGUAACAUGCUUAAGAUUAUAUAUAAAUGUUCUUUAUGUUUUUAAGAAGUUGUUAGUAACACUGGCACUAGUAACCCAAAUGAUUUAACUGUGAUAGUGUGUGUAUUAGCCUACUUUUAUAAUGUAUAACUUGUGUAUACUCUUAUUACAUUCCCUCCAAUAAAGUAGUCAAGUAAAUAUUAGUUAAGUAAAUAUUAGACUGAUCAUUAUAUCAUUGUAUUAUUCUUGGGAAAUUAGAAUUUAAGUUUUCUGAAUGUAGAUGCUAGCUAUAACUUGUGACACCAAUCAGAACGCAACGAACAAACAAUUUUUACUUAUUUUGUCACUUUAGAAUUUGAAGAUUGAGACACUUGUGCAGCAUAUGGGAAUCUUUAUUCAGGAAACGUUUCGCCACAGUCCAUCAAUUGAUGGACUGAACACAUCGACUCCAGGCUGAGGGACUGAUUACCUCAUACUCCUCCUCUAAUUACGCCUUCCUCUUUGAAUUGGACUAAUGAAGCCACUGUGUGGCAAAACGUUUCCUGAAUAAAGAUUCCCAUAUGCUGCAUAAGUGUCUCAAUCUUCAACUUGUCGGUUUUUCAAAACCAUUCAUCACAGCUUUAGAAUUUGUUGUGUAUUUGUUCUUCUUGUACUUUUUGUAUUACUAUAGUACUUUUAAUUAUUGUAAACAGUUGAACCUCUGUAUUCAGAUGCACCUUUAUUCAUAAAAUCCAGUAUUCGGAAAAAAAAUUAAAGAAAAAAUAAGUACCAAUAUUCGCAAAUGUCACUACUUGGAACGAUGCGUACUUUUUUAGCUCUUGUG